CAGAACUACUACAUGGCAAUUUCCCCGUAAUCUUCCACUACGUAUUGAUGCCACAGUAACUCCGUAAAACGGAGCUGUGAACAUCUAGUUCAAUGGUGUCUGCCUGCAUGCAGCCUACAAUAGCAACUUGCUGGAGUAUGAGGCCGGACAGAGGGCCUAAGAGCGCACACGAUAUGAGUUACGCUAACGACAAGCAUGAGAGGGUCUUCGCUCUUUCUAUGGUACUAAUAGGUUACCGACGACGGUUCGUAUCUUACCGGUAUCUCGACUCGAAGCGACACCGAGUGAAGGUUCGGUGCAAUGCAGGACGCUUCCGUACUAUCGCCGCCUAUGGAACGCGCCACGUGCUCGCCGCAGUCUCGCCACCGCAAGCGCCGCCUGCUGGAGGCCACGCAGCACGUGUCACCUCCUUCUGACCGUCUGUUGAUCGAAAAUACGGCGGCGCAAGUGGCGGUGACACAGAACUCGGAUCAGACCGAGGCAGUCAAUGCCUGCAUACGCGUUCUACGCAAUGUUAAGAACAGUGUGUAUCUACGAGCGCUGGCAGCGCGAGCUUUGGGGCUCCUGAUGCUACAGAAUCGAGCGCUGGCUGACCGAUUGCGGCUCGAAACCGAAGGAUUAGUGGACGCCUUAUUGCAAGUCGUCGGGUACUGUCGGCGUAGUCGUACACAUACGACGGACACCAGACGUGUACAUGUCAACUGUUGCCUCGUCAUUUCGCUGCUAAUGCAAGCUCCAUCGCAGCAGCACCUGCAGUUGGUGGUGUCGCUAGACUCGGAUCUGCUGGUCUUGCAACCGCUGCCUUCAGAGCGAGAAAGCGCGAAUCUUCUACUGACGGUUGCUGGUCGACCAGAAAGUGGGGAUAUCACGCGACCGACGGGUGAUGACGAUCGUGGAGUUGUGUUUGGUGCAGGUAGUAUUGAGAUUUUGAAUAGGAAGAAGAAAAUAAAGAAAAAGAGGAGACAAGCUGCGUCAUCUCCACCUCGAGCUGCGGGGAGUAAGAAUCAGCAGUCGCCACCACGCCAGCAGCGCCGGAAAAUCCCAUGGACUGAGCAUAACGUCAGUGCUCCCAGUGACCAUGAAGUUAUGGUUCCCCGCUCACCGGGUUCUGGAUAUCCGAGAAGCAAUAACGGCUGGUCAAUCAAUCGAGUUACUGGUGAUAAUCUGGCUGCAAACAUCGCUAGCAGAAACACGCCCAGCCGAUUUCUCAAAAUGGAACGCCAUCGCCUGGUGACGCCGAUAUUUCCUCGCCAAUGUAUACAGGAUAUACCGCUAAAUCCAUUACCGCUUAUCCAGCCAACCGGUGGUCAUCACAUGUCUGGAGACGAGGUGAUAUCGGAGCAAACAGACCAAGCAGAUGAAACUCAAGCUACAAUGCUAGAGAACGUAUUUCAGCCUCACCCCGCAUCUGACACGCUAUUGCACCCGAAGCACAUGUUGGAGAUCUUUCGCACUGGUCGAAUGCCACUCGCUUCCACAGCGUAUUUUCAACAGCACCUGCGAGACGGUGAUAUAGGCGACAAGGAAGGGAAACCAGUACCUAGUCGACUUCAAAUUACUCAAUGGGAUCAAUGGAAAAAGAGUCACCAUGAUGAAGACGACAGCGCGCGUGACGCCAUGACAGCCGUAUCUGCGAUGCCAAGAGAGCACCAUCAACCUGAUAAUAUCAUUAUCAACGGAGAUAGAACAGUAAACGCUUCUCCGACUAGACCAGGAGCCAAGAGACAGGUGAAGGUGCAAGCUGAAGAGCUUGGGCCAGCUACACCAGCGUUUAAUCGCCAGCGACUGCGGGAAAUCUUAACUUCUCCUGUGGACCCUAACGAGCAUAAUGUUCGCCAAUUGAGAACACUCGCGCAGCGAGUGAAUACUUCGGUGAUGACAUCGCUGGAGUCCGACAUCGAACGAGCUCGACACGAGGAGAACCGGACGCGGCAGGAAAUGCACUCAAUGAUUCAGCAAGAGCGUGAGCGACUGCCACUCAAGUUCCUCUUCCAUUUGCCUGGUGGUGCCGCAUACUGUCGACAUCGAAUGCGACGCGCUAUGGCGCUGUGGAUACUCGAAUUUGAAGAUAACCAGCGCCGUAUGGCACUCAUGCAGUGGAAAGCAUUCGUAGAGCACGCACGUUUUCUUGAGCGUGGGGAGGAAUAUCAUCGCCAGGCUACUAAAAGGCGUCUCAAAGUCGCCAUCGAGUACGUGUUGCGGGGUUACCAGCAACAAGGACUUCGCAAGUGGACUGAAGCUACACAAUUACUCAUCUGGCAUGACCGAGACACUGCAGCGAGGCGCAUCCAGGCGGCUAUCCGUCGUCAUCAAGGCCGAGAACGUUUUGUAGCACUGCACCGUCGUCACCCUUUUGCAAGUCCCGUGCUGCGUGAUAUUUAUCUUGCACCAGCCCGUCCAGACCUACCCUUUCGGAUACCGAGCGAAGUUCGUGAACACAGACGAAAACUAUGGCAAGCAGCCGAUCUCGUGCAAUGUGCGUAUCGCUACAGGCGGUUCCGUAUUGCACUCACCCGCUAUCGUGUUGCAGCCAUUAGAAUCCAGGCGCUGCAGCGUAUGCGUGCAGCUCGUUCGCGUUAUCGUCAUGUACGGCGACAGAUUAUACUGGUGCAGGCGCGUGUUCGAAUGCGUUUUUAUCGUGAUGCGUUCUUAGUUCUCCGAAAUGCGGUGCUACUGGUUCAAGCGGUUUUUCGCUCUGUGCGUAUGCGGCGACUACGUCGAUUAGUGCUUUGUGCUCAGCGUAAAGAAAGCGAGCGCGUGUUGUCCAGUGCCGUACUGCUGCAACGGGUUGCUCGCGGGUUUCUCGGGAGAAUUGGUACACGUCAACUUCGACUUGUUCGUGACCAAGAGUGGCAUGCUGCACUGAUCUUUCAGCGUUGUUGGUACAAGCGUAAUAACGAGUGGUCGACGUUCCUGCUACUUGGAUGUCUGCGUGAAAAGGAAAACGAAGAGCGCAUGUUUGAUGCUCAGGUACUGGCGUACAAACGCAAUCACAUGGCCAGAGUAAUUCGCCGCACCUGGCUGGCAUAUCUGGCUUCGAAGCGGAGCACAGCUGCGGGUCUCAUUCAGCGAAAUGUUCGUCGACGUUUGGCUCACCACUUUGUCGAAUUCCUGCGUCGACAGAAGAUGGCACAUCGACGGAUCAAAUGGUUCUUUCGUGUCCACCACUCUCACCGUAUUCGGACAGCGAGGUACUUACAGUUCUGGUGGCUCAAGACUGUUCCAGGACGACUACGGCACCACUUGUUCAUCCGUCGAACCGUGGAGGCAUUGGAGGACAGACGUCGUAAAUAUGAGCGAGAGGAGAAUUCUUCAUCUAGGAUGCAGGCACUGGUUCGUGGUCACAUGGGUCGGAAGGUUGCACUACGGAUGCGCUCAGCUCGUUCCAUCCAGCGGGCGAUUCGCGUACACUUAAUGCGCAAGCAUUUCAGGGAAGAGAUGGCUCGUAUUAGAGCUCUAGUUUCGCUUCAAACCGCCGACAAGUGCAUUGAUACAGCGAUGAACAAGGUGGUUGAAGCUACAAUGAAGUUGUACAACGCUUCAGCGUGUGCGAUUCAGCGCAUUUUUCGAGGCUGCCAUUGUCGAAUGCGCGUAAUGAGGGACAUCGUUUACUCGGAGUUACGGGCGCGUAUGGCAGUGCGGAUUCAGCGCAAGUGGCGGCAAAAUACUCAUCAACGAGCAGCUCGAAAGCUUUUGCAAGCUCAGAAGCGCAAGCAAACGAACCCGUUCCGAACUGAAACAUCCGUGAGUGCCAUUAUCGACAAGAUGUUGUCUUCGUCAGCUGUGUUCUACGAUCCAAACGAUGAACUUCGAGGAAUGAUGGUGCAGGAAUGGCUACAUCGGCUUGGUCUUGGAGCAAAAUAUGGCGAGCUAUUCCAGAAGAAUCGUUGGGUUUCCUCUAUUGACUCGAUAGAUAUAUUGACGCGACUUCGUGAACUCAAUAUCGACGCGUGUGGAGAAAAACUCGAGAGCAUUGGUGUCCACGACAACGAAGAUAUGCAGAUGAUGUUAACAAACCUGUUCGCUUAUCAGACGAUUCAGGAAACAAAGAGACAACGUAGGGAGUUGGCGUUAGCCCGAGAGAAGCAGGUGCUACUUAAACGAAAUUGUGACAGGGCUCAAAGGCAGUUGCAAGCGUGUAUUAACGCCCAACAAAAGUAUGAGAACGCCCUGGAGGAGGUGCUUCAAGAAGCAAAAGAGUUUCGGAAUCCACCUAAAGCUGUCCGCGAUAGACAAGCUGCAUGCACUCGCGAGCUUGAAGACGCUGUCAAGAAAACAACUCAAGUUCAUGGAAAUUGCGAAUCGUCAGCAGCGCUGCAUGCAGCACAUGCGCGUGAAAUCUCCACAUUACAACAACAAUUCGCUUCGCAACAAGAGCCGAAGGAGAUUUCAGCGGUACACAGUCAACGCAGCCUGAGAUUCAUCGAUCAGCUCAAUGUAGCUCGCGAGAUCUUUCUCGAGCGGUUUCCUGGCUUGGAUGCUCGUGCGUUUGCGUUUGUUAGUGCUCUCGAGGAGAGUCAAGUGACGAGAUGGCAGCUCCAGCGCUUCUUCGACACUUACACUACAGUAUCGGAGGUAAAGCAGAACAUGAAGGAGCUCACGUUCUUCUCCUUCGAAACUGAGGUGAAGAAGCACAAUCAUGCGAGAUUCGGCCAAUGUGCAGACAUUCUGCAAUAUGGACUUGAGCGGCUCGCCGAGUUGUUCGGAAUUUCUAUGGAGAUGAUGGUCCUUGGGGCCGAGAAUGCCACUGUAUCAGGCGGUGGUCAACAUAACAUGCUGGAGCGCUCGAUACUUGAGCGUACACUUCUUGGCACGAUUUCUGCCUCCACUAGUGCUCGUGGAAAUCAAGAAAAGGCACGAAUAUGGCAAGUGGGGGCUGCUAUAAUUGCCGAAAUGAACGCAAAAGCCACGAAAAUACAGAGUCUGUGGCGUCGACGGGCUGGGAACAAACUAGUUGCCGAACUCCGGGUCAAUCAACGCCAUAAACAAGUUCGCGAGCAAUAUGUUGCCGAAUUUCACACCGACCACGUCACGCCAUUUUGGCAGUCGGAGCGCAAGAAAGAGCAGGAAGCGCUGGAUGCGUGGCUAGCGGAAGAAGCAAAGGCACAUCGAAUACGACGGCUAUACAACAUCACACGGUAUCCAUACGUUGAGGAAUGGGAUGACGAGGCUCAGGCGUACGUGUAUGCAAUUUAUUCGCAAGUUGACUCGGCAGCGCUGCUAGGUGAGGACCUGCAGCCAUUUGAACAGACCCAGACCAGGUACUACGUCACUGAAAAGCCCACUUAUUCUAUUGAAGAAGAAGACAUUAUCAUUCGAAUCCAAGCCCAAACACGUCGCUUCCUCGCUCAGCGUCAUCUCCAUGAGCUGCAGCGCUCAUAUCGUCGUGAGCGUCGGCGUGCUGCACUUGAAGUAGAAUGGAACAACGCUAAGCAAGAGCGAGCGCAGUUGCUUACGCUCACAUUCCAAUUCCAAUUCCGUAACAAUGCACACGUGAAGACAUGGCUGAACACACGAUUGAAGUCCAAGCCUCCUGGGCCUCGUAAGCCUUCUGCAAUGUCACCAACUCGUAAGCCUUCUGCAGUGUCACCAACCAAGUAUGGUAACAGCAUUACAAAGGGUAUCGAUCCAUCCACUGCGGGCAAGGCUAAAUCUCCUACGAAGGCUGCAGGCAGAGAGCAGAAAGAAGAUAUCACCAAGGUGGACAAGGAACAAGAGCAAAGUCAUCUGGGAGUGCAUGGUACUCUAAAUGCAGCUGUUGACGCCCUCGCACCUACGUACCAUGUUAGUGUGCGUGCUGAGCAUCGCCGAAACUUGAGCUUCCCGGCCAAUUCGCGUCCUGGUAACGCACACAGUCGAGCCAUUAUUCGUCUUUUGGAAGAGCUACCCACUUUCUAUCGUCAAACAGCACCUGAAUUACAGGUAGCAAGCAGGUUAAGAUACACCAAGAUGGCUCUACGGUUCGGUUGGGAAGAAGUGCAGUCUAAUACAGCACCAGUGGUGAAUACGAUCAAUGCAUCACGGUCGUAUUAUUUCAACAAAAGCACACUCGAGACGUCAUGGGAACGUCCCGAUUACUCGUUUGACGAGCAGAUUGCAGCUAUCCAAAUCCAAGCGCUAGCUCGGAUGAUCUUGGCUAUCAACACGCGUGAGAGAGAACUCGCUUCUAUUUCGUUCGUGGCCACCGUCCAGGAUGCCAUCAAACAAGCAGCACGACUCGGUUGGGUGGGUUAUUCACUCGAGGGCAUGACGGCGGCUGUGUUUUUGAGUAGAUUUGGCCUCAUCAAGUACAUCACGUCGGCGUUGGGACAAUCUCCACUGGAGGAACUAUUGGCCACGGUAUCAUCCGAGGAAAAGGCCAAGAGCCUCGGUUGGAGCAAGGAAGAAGUUGGUCUGGUGCCGUUAUUUCCCCAAAUUUUGCCGCGCAGAUUCCCACGGAGCUGUUCGAGAGCAACAUCCGUUCCUGCCAGCAUCAAACACCCGUUCAAUAUUCUACCAAGUGAGCGUGUGAUCUCACAGCUUGUGACCCAGAGUUAUCCGAACCAACACGGGCGUGUUACUGGUCUACUCCGCGCGUUGCGUAACUCGACGACUCCGAUCUCGUAUCGCCAGCUAGAGAUGCACCUUCGUCGAUAUGCAGGUCGUCCCGACGAUGCUAUUGCAAAUGUCGGUGAAAUCACCUCACUAGCGAUAGCCACUCGAGAGCCGCAAGAGAAGACUAUCUUCGCGUUUUAUCUCCGUUGUGCUGAGCGGUGUGUGGUAUAUGCUGCCAAUCUCAAACUUACGACACUUCAGCGAGAACUGUCGGCUGUGCUACGGAUGCCUCGACACCUAAUGCCAUCUCCUGCACCACCGCAAUCACCUGCUAAAGACGAAACCAUGAGAACCAAAGCUUCAAUACCUGUCGUUCCAGUCUCUCCAGAAGAGGAAGAACGAUGGCUACAGCAGGCUUUGUCUCGAUACCCAAGUCGCGCAGUUAAAGGUCUUUGGGAAAAUGAGAUGGGAUCCUCGUUUUCACACGCCCAAAUGGCUCUUUAUCUCCGCGAAGAAGCAUUAGAGCGAGUGCUUGCUUGGGAACGCACUGCUCUACUGUGUCAAACAGCUUUCCGUAUGCUGCGUGUGCGUCGUUGGUACCUCGCUACCCAAGAAGCUCGUGCAAGAGCAGCAACUAUGAUCCAGUGUGCAUGGCGAGCGUUGGGUGCUCGGGAAGUACGAGCACUGCUUGAAUCGCAACAGCAGUCACCGUACGAGCAACGCCUGGAUAAACGCACGAACACCUUCUACUUUGUCUACACGCCUACAGACGAGAAACUGCUUGAGGAACCUCGUGACGAAGUCACAGGUGGAAUUCUGCCGUUCCGUCCCAUGAUUCAAGACCGUAUCACAAAAAGUUGGAUGUUGGCUUGGCCACACUACACACCAGCUUCUCAGAGAGCACGGACGUCUAAGACAGCACCCGGCGCUGAUACUCCAUGGGUUGCUUGUAGUCUUUGCACUGCGGAACGCGCAGCUCGCCGCUGCAACGAAUGUUACUCGCCCACUGGCGAUUAUGUGGACUUCUGUCUCGCGUGCUUCUACGACCGUCACUUCCCCACUGCUGCGAACGGCCCUGAAGACUUGAGUUGGCACACGUACACGGCGUUAAAUCCGUUGAGCACGCCGUUCUUCCGCUGUGUUGAGUGCUCCAGACCAUCGGUCAUUCGUUGUUUGCCUUGCAACGAGCAUUAUUGUGAACGCUGCUUCACUCGUGUUCACUCUCGAGGUAAAACACGCUCACGUCACGCGCGUGAAUGGUAUGCAGCCCAUGCUGCUGCAUGCGUUGAGUGCGAGAUGCGAGUAGCGUGCCAGCGAUGCCUCACUUGCCAAGAUGCACUGUGCGAAACGUGUAUGGCUCGCACACAUGCUCGUGGCCGACGUGCUGACGGGAAGGCGCACACGAUGGAAUUACUUCCGCAGCUUCUUGAGCCUGGUGACGUUUAUUGCGAGCAAUGCCGCGCACGUCGCGGUGAUGAACGCUGCGAAUUCUGUGCCCAGACACUCUGCGCAGUCUGUCACUGGAGCUCUUCAUCACCAACUGGAGUCCGUAAUAGUAGACAUGCCCUUGUAUGUGUGGAGACGGCCCUGGCUGAAAAACGACGCGAGUUACUGGGCGAUCGAGGCUUGUGUACUGAAUGUGGCAAAGCUGCUGAUCGUGAGUGCGUCACAUGCGGAGACCGAUACUGCAGCGUACGCUGGAUGGGUAACCCUGGAUGUUUUGAGCGCUUCCACGUCAAAGGUAAACGCUCCGAUCACACAUUCACGAUGGUCGAAGUGCCGACAGAAAUGCCGCAGGAAAUACUGGCACUUGAAGAGCAGGUUCGUGUUAAACGGCGACGCGAUGCUGAAACGGCCGAACAUGAAGCUAAGCGACUCGCUGCGGCUUUACUUGAAGAGGAAGGAGCUUCGGCGAAGAAGAAGGCAACUAAGACACGACAAAAGAAGACCAAGAAGAAGAAGCACUUGUCGGUGGGCGCACCUAAUGGAAAGAAGAUCUGUGCUGUCCCGCAGUGUCGACACCGUGCACUUGUCCUUGACAUCCCUGGUGCCUCGUUUUGUCCAGAGCACUUCACUCUCCAGCACGCGCUUGAGGUUGCUGAGAGAGACCCUCUGGAAGCUGCGCGGUUGCUGACGCUGGUCGAUAACGGCGGUGGACGAGUUGUAAAAAAACAAAAGACGGGAUGGAGGGGGUUGUUGCCGGGGAACUUCUUUUCACGUGGGCAACGCGAUACCAAGAAACCUCGGAAGCUGAAAGAGACGUCGACCAGCGUCCAGGUCGAAUCCUCAACCACUACGACAACUUGAUGCUUGGCGGUCUUGGUUGCGCCACACAACGCACACAACGAUUGCACUCAUAAACAAAGUCGUGUCAGCCACCAGUAUUUGAAUUGAUGUCGCUGUUACCCUCAUUAGAAAUUCUGUUCGCCGCAGUUACUCUUCAUCUUCUCGAGUCGACGCCGCUGGUGUUUCCUGCACCGAAUGAGCCUGCAGAGUCAGACCCGAGUUCGUGACCAACGACAACUCAUACAACGUAUUCUUUUUGGUAACAUCGAUCGAGAACGUGCAUCUGUUAGAGCUCUGCAGGUUUUCCGCUACCCGACCACAGCAAUAUCGUACCUCCAGUUUGCGCAAAUUGUACUUGACCGAGUCGAACUUGCGACGCAGCGGUCCGUUCCUGAAGUCGAACUGGAUAAGCUCACCGGAAAUGGCUUCAACCAUAUCCUUACACCGCUUAACUUCAUCCACCUCCCUCGCGGUGGCCUUCACGACUGCAUACCGCAUCAACUCAC